GUGACUUCAACUUGUUACUGUACAUACUCCAUAUCCUCGGUCCGACCCUUUUUUUUUGAAAGUCGUGUCGUGAAUUGUGUCGACAACUGCGCACGCUUGUCGUCUAGUUCCGUUAUCCCAUCGCGACCUCGCACACAUACACACACACACACACACGAACCGCAGCGAUGGCAUUUCCUGGAAUGUAUACGCCCCCGGGCGCAGGCGGCGCGGCAGGUGGUGCCGGAGGACUGAGCGAGGAAGAACAAGUGUGGGUGAAGAGGUUUCAACGAGGGUCCGAAAGUUGUGUCGCCAAAUCGAUCAUGGCGGGUGCGAUGGGUGGCGCGCUGGGAGGAGCUUUUGGUCUUUUCAUGUCGAGUAUGGCCUACGAUACUCCCCUGUCACCUCAAGGACAACAAAUCACCUCGUUACCCGUCAAGGAACAACUGAAACGAGGAUUGAAAGACAUGGGGGCAAAGUCAUGGUCGUCGGCCAAGAAUUUCGCCAUGAUCGGCGGCAUCUACUCGGGAGUCGAGUGCGGUAUAGAGAGCUUCCGAGCGAAGUCGGAUCUACAAAACUCGGCCAUGGCAGGGUGCAUCACGGGAGCAGGUCUGGCUUACAAGGCCGGCCCGCAGGCGGCGUUGUUCGGGUGCGCGGGUUUCGCGGCCUUUUCCACCGCCAUUGACGCUUGGAUGCGGAUGCCGGAGAGUGAUUGAAUUGGUCUGGUUUGAACGAAAAGGGGAAAAAACAGAACAGAAAUCACAACAAGGCACGGUACGCAUCAGGGAAGUCUUUUCUGGCUGCUCUGGCAUGCCGGCGUUUUAGGAGGACUGGGGGAGCCGACAAGCUCGUGUACAACAACAACAACAACGACGACGACGACAAUCAAAAUCUCGACCGACAAUACGGAGUAUUGAAAUGGGGCUAAAGGAAAGGUUACCUACCUUCCCACCUGAGGUAGGUACCUAAAGACAUGGUGCCGCCGGAGAGAACGAGGUUAUCGCUUGUGAAACAAGCAUUUUCCCUUUUUUUUUAUUAGCGAAAGCGAAAGCAUUGGCCCGGAGUUCAGGAGGAUAUGGAGCUUGUUCUUCCUUCAAUCAGUUUCCUCGGACGGAAAUCUACACUCCAGUUUUUGGGUGGGCGGUAGAAGGAAACGAUAUGGCGUUGAAUUGAGAGGUCCCCCCCUUUUUUUUAACUGAUUGGGCUGUUUAUACCUCAUUCGACUAGGAACGCAUAGGGUCACGAAGGUGAAGGAGGUGAAUCUCGACUUUUUCUUUCUCUCUUUCUCAAUGGGCACGAACAAGGGCACAAAGGUGUGGUGCUUGAUUAAACCAAAAUUAGAUGAACCUCUAUUUCUCCAAAGACGAUGAUGAUUUUCAACCUGCAAAUUCGACAUGGACAUUGCGAGGGAUGGGUAAAAAGUAAAACCUUUCUGAGACGGUUUGUACCCUCGCAGACACGAUCAAAACGUUUUGACGAAGGGAAAAAAGCCCAGUCGUGACUUG